AUGGCCUCAAAUCCCCAGGAAGGGCAACCGAUGCCCGGCGAUAAGACCCUGCAUGUCUGGUCGAAACCCAUAGAGCAAAACGAAGCUACCACAGUCAACGGCGAGCAUGGAGCGACACCGACGAAUAAUAGGCCAACUAUUUCAGAAGCCGUUUCUAUGAUCAAGAAGGAUGAUUUUGCGAAUGUUGCAAAUACUCCUUGUGCUCGACAGGGCUUCAUCACAGGAAUAGCAUCUGGUGCCGGUGUUGGAGGAUUGAGGUUCGUCCUCAAAGGAAACCCCGGUAGCGCUGCGAACUGGGCUGUUGGAAUGUUUGUUCUUGGAAGUAUGGCAUCAUACGAAUGGUGCCAGUACCUACGCCGCGAGGAACGUCGACAAAUGAAACGACACAUUGAGGUAGUGUCAGAGAAUAGGAGAGAGCAAGCAAGAAAGAUCCAAGAGGCAAGGCGUGAGCACGACAAACUGGAGGCUGAAAAGAAGGCAGCAGGAAAGCCAUGGUAUAAGGUCUGGUGA